AUGUCCAAAACGAACGUCACACAAAACUACAAUUCCUUCGGCGUCGUCAAUGACCCUAACUCCCUCACUGAUUCUCUUCGAGCUCCUCCUUCUGUCUCCGAUGACCCCAACGAUUCUGGCAGUGACCUCGAAGAAGACGAUUUGAAAUCGGCACUGGGAAAGAGAAGAAGAGAUGGUAAAAGUGCACUUCCUCAACCUUUGACUUCGAUUCAGCGUCUUUAUAUUAGUCGGCUAGUUGAGAAAUAUGGAGCUGAUUUUCAGAGAAUGAUGAUGGAUAUAAAGCUAAAUCCUAUGCAGCAUUCUGUUGCAACUUUAGAGAAAUUGUGUAUGAGCUAUUACAUUUACAAGAACAAGAAUCCUCUUAUUGUUGGAAGAUGA